AUGGCUCCUUUUACAAUUGCGACAUUGCCCUCUUUAAAUAUUGGCCAUUUCCGAAAGUCUUGUAAUCCUAUUCUUCCAAUUCGCUGCUCCACGGCUGCUUCUCCUUCCUCGGUUUCUAUCCGAUCAAAAGCUGUUGACUUUGAUUUGAAGACAUAUUGGACUUCCCUAUUGGUGCAGAUCAAUCAGAAGCUUGAUGAAGCUAUUCCAGUUAAAUUUCCUCAACAGAUCUAUGAAGCUAUGAGGUAUUCUUCCCUUGCCAAAGGAGCCAAGCGAGCCCCGCCUGUUAUGUGCAUCUCUGCUUGUGAACUCUUUGGGGGCAGCCGCCUUGCUGCCUUCCCCACUGCCUGUGCCCUUGAAAUGGUUCAUGCUGCUUCGUUGAUACAUGAUGAUCUUCCUUGUAUGGAUGACUCCUCAUCGCGCCGUGGCCACCCCUCAAAUCACACUAUCUAUGGUGUUGACAUGGCAAUUCUGGCGGGUGAUGCAUUAUUUCCCCUUGGAUUUCAACACAUUGUUUCACAUACUCCCACUGACCUUGUACCUGAGUCCCGUCUACUUCGUGUGAUUGCUGAAAUAGCCCGCUCCGUGGGCUCUACUGGUAUGGCUGCAGGGCAGUUCUUGGACCUUGAAGGGGGUCCAAAUGCUGUUGGAUUUAUACAAGAUAAAAAGUUUGGUGAAAUGGGGGAGUGUUCUGCGGUGUGUGGGGGACUGUUGGCCGGUGCCGAAGAGGAUGAGAUAGAGAGACUGAGGAGGUAUGGUAGAGCUGUUGGAGUAUUGUAUGCAGUUGUAGAUGAUAUUUUGGAAGAGAAAUUGAAACCCGAGGGAGAUAAAGAAGACAGGAAAAACAGAGGGAAGAGUUAUGUAGGCGUUUAUGGAGUUGAAAAAGCAACCGAGAUAGCUGAAGAACUUAGAGCAAAGGCUAUGAAGGAAUUGGAUGGAUUUGAGAAGUAUGGAGAUCAAGUGUUGCCUCUAUACAGUUUUGUGAAUUAUGCUAUUGAUAGAAGUUUCAAUGUUGAUGACGCCAGUGGAUGA